AUGGCUGAGCAGAGUGGCAAAGGCGGAGAGGGGCGGCUGCACAGGAGGAGCCACCUCCCAAAGCGCCCGUGUCCCCUCCCGGGCUGGGAGCUGUGUCGUGUCUCGCGCUCCUUCUGCCGCAGCAUCGCCGUCAGCCUGCUCCCGCGGCUCAGCAGGGAAGAGCCCCUGUGGGAACUGCCUGCCCUGGCAUUCCUGGUGGAGGUGCUGCACUGCCUGAACCCCAGACAAUGUGGGCUCAGCGUCCUGCAGAUUAUUUCAAGGCGUCUGCGCAGGGAGUGCCCCGAGAGGCGUCGCCUGGCGCUCCGAGGCCUGGUGGUGAUCAGCAAGGCUCCUGCACUGGCUAAGAGCAUCUGGAGCCUGAAUGAAAGCCUCCUGGAGCUACUGCAGGAUGCAGAUACAGACGCGGUUGAGAUGACCCUCUCUGCGUUGAUCAAUGUGCUGCACUUGAAAAUCAUGCAAAUAUCCAGCCCCACUGCCCUGAAGUUACUUGAGGCACUGCGGCCACUCUUUGACAAUGUGAUGGAAGUGACAGAGAGGAGCAAAAGCCUAAAGCCACACGUCUACCUGAGGCUGGUGCCAUUCUACUUCAACUGGCACGAUGAGAACCAGCGUGUGGCAGAG